GGGCGGCCACAGCGGGCAGAGGAAGGCUCUCGGCUCCUUCGGGAAAGCCAGCUCCAGCACCGGGAUCCGAGCGGUGCGCAGGGAGCCGCGUCAGCCUCGACCUGGGCAGCGCCCAGCGGAGGCUGCGGGAAGCGGAGGGAGCCCGGCGCGGGCGGGGAGCGUGCGUCCGUUCGCACAGGCAGCGGGAGGAGGGGCGGCGCGAGCCAUGGCUGGGGACAGCGAGCAGACCCUGCAGAACCACCAGCAGCCCAACGGCGGCGAGCCCUUCCUGAUCGGCGUUAGCGGGGGCACGGCCAGCGGCAAGUCUUCCGUUUGUGCUAAGAUUGUGCAGCUCCUGGGACAGAAUGAGGUGGAUUAUCGCCAGAAGCAGGUGGUCAUCCUGAGCCAGGAUAGCUUCUACCGUGUCCUCACUUCAGAGCAGAAGGCCAAAGCCUUGAAGGGCCAGUUCAAUUUUGAUCACCCGGAUGCCUUUGACAAUGAACUCAUCUUCAAGACACUCAAAGAAAUCACCGAAGGGAAAACAGUCCAGAUUCCUGUGUAUGACUUUGUCUCCCAUUCCCGGAAGGAGGAGACGGUUACUGUCUACCCCGCAGAUGUGGUGCUCUUCGAAGGGAUCCUGGCCUUCUACUCCCAGGAAGUGCGAGACCUGUUCCAGAUGAAGCUUUUCGUGGACACAGAUGCGGACACCCGGCUCUCCCGCAGAGUAUUAAGGGACAUCAGCGAAAGAGGGAGGGACCUUGAGCAGAUUUUAUCUCAGUACAUUACAUUCGUCAAGCCUGCCUUUGAGGAAUUCUGCUUGCCAACAAAGAAAUACGCUGAUGUGAUCAUUCCUAGAGGUGCAGAUAAUCUAGUGGCCAUCAACCUCAUCGUGCAGCACAUCCAGGACAUCCUGAAUGGAGGGCUCUCCAAACGGCAGACCAACGGCUAUCUCAAUGGCUAUACCCCUUCACGCAAGAGGCAGGCCUCGGAGUCCAGCAGCCGGCCGCACUGACCCCCGUCUCCUCAGACCCUGGCCCCGAUCUCCAAGGGACAGGAGGAGGGGGCAGAGGCACUGUGCAUCUAUACAUAUGGUUUCCUAUGACAUUGCUGUAUUUAAGAAAACACCAUGGAGAUGAAAUGCCUUUUUUUUUUUUUUUUUUUUUUUUUCUUUGGUACUUCGGAGCAGAGAAAUGAAACAGAACUUGACCCUGAGCUUAAAUGACAAACUGUGCCAACUACUACUGGUGAUGCCUAAUUAUGACUUCAACGUGUAACCAGUUAUAAAUACAUACAUAUAUAUAUAUAGAAAAGGAUCUAUUUUUGUGUAAAUGUACAAAUACUGUACAGCUGUUUGCCGUAAGUAUUCUGCAGGAGGGCCUGUACUUGAGUGUGUUUUGGGGGCUGGAGCUGGAGUUUCACCAAAGGGAAGUUGCCUGGUGGGUUCCAGGUGGGGCAGGCUCAGGCGUCUGGGAGGGAGGCUCACGGCUCGCGGCUCUCGGUGUCCGUGGGUCUCGUUGGAAGUGGAGUUUGGAACUUUUGAUUGCUUCCCCUGCCAGAUGCCACCUUCCUGGUGCUGGAGCUUCAGGAUAAUGUUAAUGAGAGAUCCUCUUUUCUUUUUUUUUUUUUUUUUUUUGAGUUGAAAUUAGGCAAGACCUCAACUCAAAACCCAAACUCAGGGAAGGGGCCCACUGAGGGGAACGAGUCUUCUGCGUUUUCUUCUUGCCCCUGCCCACCUCUGGCUGCUUGGGUAGCUCCACACUUCCUUCCUUACUCACCCGCUUCUCAGUCUCUCGGAAAGCCAGAGCUGCCUUGCUCUCCUUCCCUGGUGGGGAUGUGACGGGGUCGCUUCCUGACUGAGUGGGGAAGGAGGGAGUGGGACUCUCUGCCUGUCGUAUAGUCUGAGAUGCUGGUGCCUCCCAGGGAAGUCACCCAUGAGAUUCCUUGGGCUGUCCCCCAAGCUGUGGAGUGCACAGUGGACCCUUGCAGUCUGGGCUUCGGUUGAGGGCCUCUGCCGGCAGCCUGACCCUCACAGGGUGGCAAGAGAGCUCUGCCGUGUAGGGAGCCUGUAGCUUUUGUUCCCCGAGGCGUGGGGAUUUGCAGCGAGGUGAGGAUAACGGGGACCGUCACUGGCAGCAUCACAGCCACAUUGAUUGACUUAUUUACCAUGCUGCCGCGUCACGUGGCAGCUGCCGGAAACGAGGGGUGGGGAAGGGGAGUGGCGUGUUUUUUUUGUUUGUUUUUGUCUUUUUGCAGUACGCGAGCCUCUCACUGUUGUGGGCUCUCCUGUGCUCCGGACGUGCAGGCUCAGCGGCCAUGGCUCACGGGCCCAGGCGCUCCACGGCAUGUGGGAUCUUCCCGGACCGGGGCACGAACCCGUGUCCCCCGCAUUGCAGGCGGACUCUCAACCACUGCGCCACCAGGGAAGCCUGGGAGUGGUGUUUUUAAGUCACAAGUUGGAGUCUUGGGCUGAAAACAUUUGGGGUGGAGAAUUCCAGCUUUUCCGAGGGCUCCCUCUUGGUGAAAACUUCCUUCUUUGCAAGAAGUACGGAUUCCUGAAGAUUCCUGGUGGGGAGGGGUGGAGGAAGCAGGGGACCAAGCGAGAAGGAGGAGGUGUAAUUAUAGAGGCCUGAAGCGUCACCUUUUAACUGCAGAAGAGGCAGAAGCUUUUCACCUCAGUGUGUUCCAUCUCAGUGCUCGGUAGGCUAUGCCCUUAGUUAUUCCCUUGUGACUGCCACAGCCUGAAACAUUUUGGGGAACGCUUCUCCUUCCAUUGCUUUCAUAGCCCCUUGAGCCAUUCAGAUAAACUGAUGCCGUUAACUCUAGUCACACGGGAGCAAGCGGCCAUGCAGUUUGCCUCCCCUUUUCUGGACUCCACUUGACUCUAACUCCGUUGGGCUGUGUCAAAAAGUCAAACCUAAUCCCCAGCAGGGCUUUGCCACCCCUGAGACCUUCAGGAGACUGUGCUGCAGGCCCUGAGGGAGCCCCCCAAGGGCAGCAGCUGCCUGGUUGGAGAAGGGGAGGGUCCCGAGGUGCCUGCUCUGAAGACCGGUACCUGGCGGGAUGGCCAAGUUCUGGAGUGCGUGUUUCCGAGUCAGUAUUGAUUAUCUUUCCGGUCAUGCCUUGUGCGGUUCUGAGAUGAAGGGUAGAUGGCAGGAUCCUGAGGACCCAGGGGUCUCCUGCCUUGCUGGGUGGGGCCUGUCUGUGCUCAGGGGAAGCCCGUCCCUGUCUGGGAGAGCCUCGGCCCUUCGGUGGUAGCACGGUCAACUUUACUUGAAGCUCCCAGGUGCCAAACCAUUCAGUGCCUUGGCUGUCUAUCCCACUGCCUUGGAAGAUGGAUUCUUCUCAUCUCUGAGCCUUGAGUUACUUAGCCGCUUCCUCAUCUACUCCUGGUGUUGGGACCAAGCCUCCAGUGUCUCCGAAUAGCCCUGUCCUCGCUGGAAGCAGCUCUAGGGCUGCCCUGCCUCUGGGUAAAACCGUCACCAAUUCUUGGUGUCUCGGUUGGGGACUCACUGGGCCGUGCUGGCGACUCCUCUGGUUCUGUGACAUAGUACGUCUGGGGCCAGGAGGGGACGGGAAGCUCUGCCUUGGUGUGGUGACCCCAGCGUUUAGCCAACUGAGUAUCUGAAUUUGAGCUUUCUAUGUGGCCAAUCCCGGACUUGGUAUUUUAAGAGUCACUGGAUCUCUGAUUCCAUUGGAGAGUCAGGUAGAGCCAUUAGGCCAGACAUCAUGACAUGAGUCACCUGGGUACCCUUUGCUGUCCAGGGAGGCGACACGGAUGAGCAGAGUGGGGCGAUGUUGGUCGUGUGUACAUGGGAGUCUCUUGUCUUCAGAGAUACCCUGUGGUGCUUGCUUCUCCCAGCUGUGCAGGUAUUGUCCAAGGACCAUGUGUUUAGGGAACAGGCAUUGUGUCGUGGGAAGGCCUGGUCCCAAGCUCCUUCACCCCAGUGGAGCUUCUGCUCCCUGGGUUUCUUGUUCUUGGGCAGCCUGAGACCAAUAGGGGCAGAGAGCUGGCAGUGUGUAUACGGAAGAUGCAGUGUUGUGACUUCAGGUGUCCUUUGAUUUGGAAUGGAUAGGGUAGGCCCUCAAAGAGGCAGCGGUCUCUGAAGAACAGGCUGGGGAGGGUGGCAGGGAAAGGUCCCCGGUUCACCCUUCAGAACCUGUUGUCUCUGCAGCAACCCACUGUGGUCUUGGCUGCUGGGCAGUCAAAGACACUGGCUUCUUGCCUCUCCUGGGCUGGCUUGGACACUUGUCUCUGUGUCCAGGGUGGGUUGCCAGUCUCAUGAGGCCACUAGGUCAGGCUAAGGCUUGUGUGCGGGAGGGACUGGAGCCCAGCUCGUUUGUGUAUCACCUCCUUUGCUGUCCUUGUGAGGUUUCCCUGAUUUGACAUCCUUGACCAGCACUAGGGCCCAAGGCUAUUGGAGGGAAGUAGUAGCCUCUUGCAGGGAAGUGUUUUCCUCUGCCCUGGAGUCUCCCACCUGCCUGUCCACAACCGUGUGGGUGAGGCGGGCUAGGGAGAUUCUGGGUCCCAGGGCUGGGCUUCUGAGAAGGGCUGACUGGACCUCUCUGCCACUCCUCUCCUUCACCCUGACCUCAGGGUGGAGUGGGGAAAGUCUCGGUGUCCGAGCAAACGAGAGGGAGAGCAGGCUGAGGAAACCGUCAGGGUGAGCCUGGAGCUGAGUCCCCUUUGAUCUUGGUCUCUGGGCCUUCUUCGGCCCUCCUGGGGCAGGGGGCUGGCUACAGGUCAGCAUCCGGCCACCCUUAGAGGCAGUGAGUGCCUAGCCAGUCCUGCCUUAGGAACAGAGUGAGUGGUAAAUAAAGAUGUAGGCUUUUUUUGUGUGUCUUAGAUGCUUGCGCUUCCCCCUUUUCUUUCUACUGCCCUGCCUUUACUCUUAGCAGUUACAUAAAUGACCACAUACUCUGUACUUUGCUAUAAAUAAAGACUGAACAGAAAAGAACCCACUCUUGCCUUCUUUGUGGUGCUUGGGCCAGAGGAACAGUGGCUGAGGCCAGCGAGCUGAAGGGAAAGUAGCGCCUCCAGGCCUUGCUGUGUGGAUACGGGCACCAGCCUGCUGUCACUAUGCCUCCCCUCCUGGGCUGCACCCAGGCCACCAUGUGUGCACUUGUGUGUUUCUGCUCUGCUUCUGAAGCCAGGUCGAGAUCCCUGGGAGGCUUCUCUUCUCCGGCUCUGGCCGGCUCUGCUCCCUCUGAGGUCAUCCGGUUUGUGCAGUCUCCUCCCUUCCUGUCUUCCCUUCCCCAUCCCUUCCUCAACUUUCACAAUAAAAGCCAGAACAAAACCUUCUAAAUAAAGAAAACUUUAUUGGGGUUGGGUGGAGGAAAGUUGACAUUAGGACAAUGUGAACAACUUCAGGUUGAAUUCACAUACAUACAUGUGUGUGUGAUUACCCUGAUGACUAUAUCCUUUUAGUGUAUAGUCAUACAUCAAUCAAAUGCAGAUGAUCAUCAUCUCUUGUUACUGAAAGAUCUAGGUCACCCACCACCGAGGAUUCGAAAAUAAUUAAAGUAAUUGGCUUUUGUGCUCCUUGUAGCACCCCGACUCUUCCCCCCGGCCCUGCCUUUUCUCAGCUUCCCUUUCAUCCCUUCACCUGCUGCCUCCCAGGCACCCAAUGACCCUCAUUGAUGUGCGGAGUUGCCCUGCUAUUUCCAGCCACUUGUUCCAAGGACAGAGGCAAACCCUUCAAGGAAUUCAGAUCCAAAAGAACUUGGAUUUAAGAGGAAUCCAUCCUCAGAAGGCCGCUGUGUUUUCACAUAACACUUAGGUGUGUGUUAUCAAGCUCGAUUAUUACCUGCAGGCAGAUGAAGACGUGAGUCGUGGUUGUGCAAGCCGCUUUAGCUGCGAUCCAGUUUGCUCUGUGCGUUGCUCUCACAUUUCCCCUAUCUGUGGACCACGUCUGGAGUCCAAGCUUUGCUUGGGACUCUGUUCAUUUCUCAGAAUUCAGUUCUGCUUCCUUGUUGUAAUUUGAGGCACAGUUGUGCAGGCCAGUGAAGCCCUUGAGCGAUUUGCUCUGCCUCCCACCCGCCUGUCGCAGCAUCCUUUGAGCCACUUUCCGCUCUGCAUCCUGGACUCACCCUUUUGACGGGUGAGUGCUGCUUGAAUCAAACCACGUCGGCUCAGACUGAAGGAAACCUGUUAGGACCUGCAUAAGAGUUUUAAAGACAAGAGGUGGAGAAGGAGACCUAGGAUGUGGGAAAGCUUUGAGAGGAUGGGACCAUAGGGAUUGAUUUCUUUCAUCAUCUGGUGCUGGGGGCUGUUUAGAUUUCUAUUUUAAAACAGUUUAAACACAUUUGCUAAAACCCAGAAUGAAGUUAACCUUCCUGCUAAAUCUUGGGCUGUACCUGCAUAUAUGCUUAUGUAUCUUUUCAAUUACACCAUGAACUAAAAUAACAAACUAGCCAACUGAAUCAAUUUGAAGCUAGGACUAAAGAUUUAUCUAGACAUGUCUCCUCAGAUGAACGGAUGGAGCUUACGGGUGGGAGAACAUGAAACUGUGCCUUACGCAAACUCAUUUUUCGCACAGUCCAAUCCAUGCUUGGCAUCCCCUUUUACAAUGAGGAUUUGCUGGGACUAGGUCAGUGGCGCCCGUGAUGCAGGGGAUGAAAAUGGCCUGGGGUUCACCAUGGUGUUAAGUGCUGACUGCCCUGGGCCAGGGGAAGCCAGCCUGGCCUCUGCCUUACAAGCUCAUGUGCUUCAUGGGGUUUUAUCUGACAAGCCCAGGAUGCUCUCACUAAGGGAAUUAGAGUUGAGGAUAUUUCCAGAUUCCUCUUUAUCAGUGAGCACCAUGUGCACCAUGUACUUUCUUUUCAGUUCUUGAAAUUUCCCAGUUUUCAUGAUAACACUCACGUCAGACUUUUCCAGCCUUCAAACAGUCCUGCAAAGUAUGUUAGGAAUGCGGUCCUGCUCCAGUUCUACCGAGGAAGCUAGGAAGUAGGACUGUGCUGUAGGAGGCGGCUGCCUGGUGCGUGUCUGCCAUCUAGUGGUGGAACUCAGUUCUCAACGGGGGUUGCGGGUUGCCUUGGGUUGUGGGACUAAUACUAUUUGCUUGGCUAUCACGGUUUCUAAGAGAAUGGUCAGAGGGCCUAGAAGUCUAACUACUUCUGAUGUGAUUCUUUUUUUUCUUUUUUUUUCCCGGAAGAUCUUUAUUAAAGCCUUCACUAAGGCAGGUAGGAGCAUCAGCUCCUACUUCUUAGUUUCUCUGUUGCUGCAGUCUACUCUAGUGGUUCCCCAAGCUGGCCAUCAUCAUCACUGGGGCUUGAUAAAGACACUACUGUGAUCCAUUCCUGAGAAUUUUGAUUCUGUAGGUCUAGGGAGAGGGUCUUUUAUAGCAAACUACAGGUGAGUCAGAUGAAUAGGCAGAGUUGGAAACCCAGGACCUUGUGUGUUUAAUCGUGUAGACUGUUUAAAUCUGUGAUGUUCACAGCACUGGAGAGCCCAUUUCUCCUGAAAAUGUCAUCUGUGCUGUUUAAAGCCCUUCACUGCCUGCAUGGGGACUGGAAAGGGGCAUUAAACGCUGCUCAGAAGCUCAUUCAAGUCCAGCACUGCCUCUUAGGUUGUAAGACACCCUCCACCCCCCCAGCCCCCCCAAAAACCCGGCACC